CUUAUAAGGUUAACUUAAGACAUUAUAAAAAUGACAAAAAGACAGCAUUCAGUGGUAUUGUUUUGCUACGUUGCCUGUUACAAAUACAACACAGUUUCAUUCAAGCCACAAAGUGAGAUUUUCUCUGAUUUUAUGCCUUAAUUGUAGUUUAGGUUUAACUUCACUUAUUACUUAUUUGUUUUUUUUACUUUUCAGCAGCCACCAGCCACCAUGGCUAGCAGUAGCUCCUCUGAGCCUCUGAGAGUAAAAGCAGAGCUAUGGAAUGGGAUGAAGAUAAUGGUCAACACCCCAUAUCCUUUCCUUACUGAGAGAAGUAACUUUGGCUGAGAAGAUCAGCUGGGGUUGCUUUUUGUUAUUUAUUUAUUGUUUCUCAUUCACAAACUUUCUCAUUUCACAACUGGAAGCUUUAGAAUUCCAUGCUUCCAGGAAGCUGGUACUGGACGAGCGUGAAACUUUUCUUCUUUUAGAUGAGGAAGCUUCAUAAAUGAGACAGGACAUGUCUUUGUGACAGAACUGAAUGUUUAGGUACCUCUGGUGGGUUGUAAUCUGUUUAAUCUGUGUCUGUAAUCUGUAUUUGGAUUAUCUGAACAUGUUUUGGCCUUAACCUUUUCCACGUUUUGGGACCUGCUCAAGGUGCUUGUAAUCCUUACUAGCAUUGCGAGCGUGAGUAUGUACAGUCCCAUCGGUGAGGAGCCCCAGCACCUGAGGGUCAUCAACAUCGGCUGCAUCUGCUUCUUCAUUUUUGACAUGGUCCUGAAGAUGGCGUCGCUGGGCAUCUGGGGGGAGCGGGGUCACCUUCGUAGCUUCUGGAACCGGGUGGAGUUAUUAGUCUUGAUUAUUGAGAUCGUGGACUGCAUCCUUUUUUGGUCCCAGAUACACUGGAGGAUCAGCUACCCACUGAAGGUGGUCAGGCUGAUGAUCAGAGUGAGGGGUAAGUUGAUGAUGGAGCACAGAAGGACCUUUGUCUGCCACCAUUCAAACACCAUCCUUCACUUUUAGU